AUGCUUCCCCUUGGAAGCCUUAAAUCAACCUUGGCCGGCCUGACUGGCCUGGCUGUCGUCCUGUUGGGACUGUCCACUGUCAAUGGCCUCCCUACAAAAAACCCUCUCACCCGCAUCCUCGCCCAAGACGGCCACGGCGUCAGGACUGUCUCGGCAUCAAACACCACCACCACAAACACCACCACCCGCGGCAUUGUGCGCCGGGCAGAAAAGGGGCCCGAGAACGACCAUGACACACACAUCUCUCUCAUCAACGCCACGCCGUACCGCUGGCGCAAGGUGUUCAACAGCUCGUACCAGCUUGAUGGCUGGGAGCACAGAUGGCCCGAAUACAUCAGGCCCGGACAGUCCGUCACCGUCCGCGUCAACCUGAACGGCUACGGCCUUCGCAACCGCGGCGACUCGGCCGCCGAAGCCACCUACGCGCUCGAGGGCACCAAGCUGGCCUCGUCGCUUCAAGUGCAGUACCGGUCUGGCAUCCCCCACCGGGUCUACAUCCAGUUCCGGGACGAGCUGCAGACCCUGAACAACGCAAGGGGCACGGAGCACAAUCUCGGCUUCAGCCGCACGCCCGGCGGCGUGGGCUUCGUGCUCGCCGGCCGCGAGGGAGACUUCAUCUCCAACGACCCGCCGCUGCAGUGGAUGCAGAGCCAGCUCGCGGAAAUCGGGGAGCUGCCGCUGCGCGAAAUCUCCAUGCCGAGAUCGCACCACGCAGGCCUGUGGAAGUGCGAGGAGGUCGUGGGCGUCGCGCAGCCGCGCAACACGCAGACCCACCGUCUGCCGCUCUACGACCAGCUGGGCAACGGGGGCAUUCGCGUCCUCGACGUCCGCCCGGUCAGGAAGCACGGCAAGUUUCGCGAGAGCCACGGCUCCUUCGUGGGGGGCCUGUACAACGGCAUGCUGGGGGCUACUCUCAAAGAAAUGGUUGCCGUUCUCAACAGCUACAUGCGCGACUAUCCGGGAGAGCUCUACAUCUGGGACAUCCACGAGGGCGACGCCCGCAACGGCGACCACGGCUUCCGAGCCGUGGAUGACGAUGACCGACUCGCUCUGUACACGGAGCUCAUGGGCCUCGACUCGAGAGCAAAUGUCUCGGACGGCGAGGACCUCACCCGCCGUCCGUUGAGCUACUUUGUCCAGCCGGAGCAGGUGCGCAACGGCCAGUCAACCGUGCUGAUACGCCUCCCCACCUCGUGGGCGACCAAGAAGCACUUCCCUGGCGCCCAGCACGGGUUCGUCUCGGGCAUCAACUUCCCGCUCAGAUCGCACUGGUCCGAAACAAACAAGGAGAAGCAGAUGGUGGCGGACCAGAUUGAGAGCCUGAAGCAGGCCAGGCCGUCCCGGGGGGCCGAGAUGUUCAACAUGGACUGGCUGCUCACCCAGAAGGGCGCUCAGGCGGCCUUCCCGAUGGCGCUGGAGUCCAUCAUCGAGAUGAGUGGCGGCGCGUGGAAGACGCUGUACGGCGAAGGGUUCUGGAACCAGCUCAGUGACUCAACCUACCCCAACAUGAUCACCAUGGAUGACAUCCACGGCAACCAACAAAAGGCCAUGGCCAUGGUGAUUAACAAGUGCCUGGCGGCACGGAGGUGCGGCGAUCUUGGGGGCAUGGUGAAGAUGGAGCCAGAGGAGACCGUUUCGUCUGAUCAGUGA